AUGCCUUUCGCGGGAAAGAUGUCCAAGUUGACAAAACAUGGUCAACAACAAUCCAGAGACCCUGAGAUCACCGAACAUCACAUUUCUCACACAACGAUCACGGACUCCGGUAACGAUGAGCCAACAGGUCUAAAGCUGUUAGCCAUUACACUUGGACUUUGCUUAACACUGUUCCUAGUUGGCUUGGAUAAUAUCAUUAUAUCAACAGCCAUCCCGCGCAUCACUGACGAGUUCCAUUCAAUCAACGACAUCGGCUGGUACGGCAGUGCCUACUUACUUACGACCUGCACCUUUCAGCUCACUUUCGGCAAACUGUAUACGCUUUUCUCAAUCAAAGCCACAUACCUCAUAUCGAUCACUAUAUUUGAGAUUGGCUCCGCUAUCUGUGGCGCAGCACCUCAGUCGACUGCACUUAUUAUCGGACGAGCCAUUGCUGGGGUGGGUUGUGCCGGUAUUCUGGCAGGAACCUUUACCAUUAUCGCCGUGAUCGUUCCUCUCCCUAAAAGACCUGCAUACACGGGCCUCGUAGGAGCGGUCUAUGCCAUUGCUUCCGUGGUUGGGCCACUACUGGGUGGUGUUUUCACAGACAAGAUCACUUGGCGUUGGUGUUUUUAUAUCAAUCUUCCAAUCGGUGCCGUUGCUCUUGCUAUAAUGAUCUUCAUUUUUCAUUCACCUCCUCGCCAGGGCUCUGGAAAAGAUGCAACUCUACUGGAGAAAUUCCUUCAAGUGGAUCCUCUGGGCACCGUUGCAUUAAUGCCAGCCGUGAUCUGUCUUCUUCUCGCACUCCAAUGGGGCGGUACGAUUUAUUCUUGGAACGACCCUAGGGUAAUCGUUCUUUUUAUCCUAUUUGGAUUGUUAUCCGCAGUGUUCCUCUUUAUUCAAGUCCGCAAUGGUACCAACGCAACACUGCCAAUCACUGUAAUUUCACAAAGAAGUGUUGCUGCCGCAUGUUGGUUUUCAGUCUGUACGGCUGGAGCAGACUUUACCUUGCGGCAGUACAUUCCCAUAUGGUUUCAAGCUAUCAAAGGCGUUUCUGCUGUUGACUCAGGCUUGAUGAACCUAGCCUUGAUUCUUGCAACCGCACUUAUGUCAAUUUUCAGUGGCAUCGGCAUCACCAAGUUAGGCUACUAUAACCCAUUCAUGAUAGCCGCGACACUCUUCAUGUCUAUUGGUGCAGGCUUUUUAACAACCUGGAGGCCUGAUACCCCAGCAGGCGGUUGGAUCGGGUAUCAGGUUUUGUACGGGAUAGGUUCCGGUCAAAGCAUGCAGACACCCUUGAUGGUGGUUCAGACCGUGCUUCCGAUGUCAGAGAUUCCGCUCGGAACCGCCUUGGUCAUGUUCUUGCAAACUUUUGGGGGCGCUAUUUUCAUCUCUGUCGCGCAAAACGUCUUUACGAACGAACUUCGUGCCAGCCUGGCAAGAGAGCUACCCAACAUCAACGCAACUGCAAUUGUUGACGGCGGCGCCAAUACUAUAAGAUUACCGGGUGUCAUACCUUCCGACGCAUUGGAUUCUGUCAUACGAAUUUACAGCAAGUCAUUGACAAAUUCAUGGUACGUUGCCGUGGGUUUGGCCUGUGCAAGUAUUGCAGGAAGUGCCAUGGUUCAGUGGAAGACGGUGAAGCAGGAGACUACGCCAGCUGCUGAUGAAACGCCUGAAAGUGAGAGUAAUAUGAGAGGAGGAGGGGGCAUGGUGGAAAUGAAAGAACAAGACCCGAGUUUUACAAACUCCGGCAGAAGCAACAUAUUUAAUAAGCACGACGAUACUUUGUGA